AUGCUUUCACUUCACACCCAGAAAGAUCAUCUUCGGGAUGGUUUAUGGGUGUUGUAUUACUGCUGCGUGUCGAGUUUGAGUUCAUUUUCAUCGAUGGAAGCUCAUGGCAAAAUUCACAAUACAAAAUUUAUUAUCGAUCGAUAUUUUUCGAAUUAUGAACGAGAUGCAAGAACGGAAAAACGGAUUUCACACAUUGACUCGACCAUCACGUGUCGUGUGGAGGGUUAUUUAGUAAGCGUUUCUCUGAGACAUGUUUUUUUAUUGAUGCUUAGGGAGAAAUUUCUGGAGGAUUACAAAGAAAAAUAUUUGAUGAGUGCAUCGGCUGAAACUGUGACACUCAUUGGAUUAAUUGCCAAGAAAUGUUUACGAUUAUUGGAAGAAGGUUUUAAAUCUGAAGAAAUUGUUCAUGCAUUAACUAUAUUUUGUGAAAAAUGUAUUCAACAUAUUCGAACGCAUGCUGUUCGAAUCAAAGAGAAUGAGUUGCGCAAGUUUUUACAUCAUAUUCACAGCAAGGCAAUUCAGGAAGACAAUGAACCUCUUAGACUUGCUACGGAAACUCUAUUGACCUUUCCUUUGGAAAAUUUUCCACAAAAUAAUCAAACUCUUUCGCUAUUAAUUAAUAAUGGGAGCUUGAAUUGCUAUAAAUUCAUGGGAACAGGUAGGAAAAGUUUUAUCUGUCAAGGAUUAGUAUUACCACUCCAUUAUUCCAAUAUUUCAAAGCUUGGAUUCAAUGUGGAGGGAAAAUGUAUUCUCAUGGAAGGCCAUUUAUCUGAUACUCACGUUUUGAAUUUCGUGCUGAAAAAUUGUAUCAAGAUUGUAUUCUGUACUGGAGAAAUAGCUGAACCGCUAAGAGACAUUUUCACAAAUCAUCAAGUCUACUACAUGUAUCAUGUUUCACAAAAAGAUACUCACAAAAUUUCUCAUAUCUGUGAUAUUUUACCUCUUCCUUCAGUGUUGAUGGAAGAAUUAUUUUCAGAGGAGCAACAUUGUACCGAAAUUUCAAUUAACCUUUUAGAGGGAUUUGAACACGAGAACAUUUAUCACACCUCAGUGGACAAGUAUGUGACAAUUCAUGGAAAGAACUUCACAUCCACUGUUAUUUCCUGCAUCAUUUGUUGUAGCAGUUCCAAAGUUCGUCUCUACGAAGAAAAGUAUUGGGAGUGCUUAGUGUUUCUUUGGAAUUGUUUGAAGCAACAAGAUUAUACAGCAAGCAAACUACAUACUCUCACGAAAUGCAUGCAAAUGAUGGAAACCUAUUCUGAACCUUUACAGACAUUGUCGACACUUCCCCCAAACAUUUUCUAUGAGAGUCUUAGAGACAUGCUUUGGAUCGCACUGUCCACCUCUGGCUUAGAGUACAACAAAUGUCAUUCAAUUACGCAAACCAUUUGCAGUGAUCAGCCAUUGGAGAGCACAGAUUCCAUGUUUGCGAGUGAAACGGAUACUCUCUCGUUAGAAAGAAUGUUUGAAAUUGUGCAAAAUUUGUAUACUAUCAUCUUGAAUACGGAUAUAGUGAUCAAGUGA